AUGAAGAACUCACAUUUCACAUUAGCCAUUUUUGUAAUUUUCUCCAUCAUAAUUUUCUCCAAACCAUCUCACCAACAAUCCAACUGGCCGCCAAACGAAAAAAUCAUUAACGCAUUCGGAGUUCUCCAAAUCUGGAAAGCUCAAAUCACCUCAGACCCAAAUAAACUCACCGAUGACUGGUGGGGUUUCGAUGUGUGCAGCUACACCGGAGUGUACUGUGCACCCACACCAAAUGAUCCCCUCAACACCACCACAGUGGCCGGUAUAGACCUUAACCAUGGCAACAUUGAAGGCCCAUUACCCGAACAGCUCGGUGAGUUAACUGACUUAGCUCUGUUCCACAUCAACUCCAAUCGUUUCUAUGGAAGUAUCCCAAAAAGCUUUUCAAAUCUCAAACUCCUUUACGAGCUCGAUGUAAGUAACAACAGAUUGUCUGGGAAAUUCCCAACUGUUGUUCUAUCCAUCCCUUCACUCAGAUACUUGGACAUGAGAUUUAACUUCUUCGAUGGCAACAUUCCCUCUCGCUUAUUCGACUUGAAACUAGAUGCUCUGUUUAUAAACAACAACAAGUUCACUUCUAAUUUGCCCCAAAACAUAGGGAAAUCCCCUGUUUCGGUUAUAGUUUUGGCUAAUAACAAUCUCAACAGUUGUUUUCCUUUGAGUUUGGCACAAAUGAAGAAUACCCUUACCGAGUUAAUCAUCACUAACAGCGGUCUUAAAGGCUGUUUGCCCACAGAUAUUGGUAUGUUCGAAAAACUGACUGUGUUCGACGUUAGCUAUAACCAGUUAGUCGGCUCGUUGCCUGAAUCGAUGGGGAAGUUGAAAAACUUAGAGCAACUGGACGUGGCUCACAACAAGCUUUCUGGGCAUAUUCCUCCGAGUAUUUGUGCCUUGCCCAAAUUGGAAAACUUCACCUACUCCGGCAACUUCUUCUCCUCCGAGCCGGGAACUUGCCUGAAGUUGCCCAGUAAAGGUGACGGGGGAAACUGUCUUCCUUCUAGGCCUUCGCAGCGUUCGAGGGAGCAAUGUGCUGCUUUCAACAAGUUCCCGGUUAACUGCAACGCCGCUGGAGCUGACUGCCCACGUGGAAGGCCUGCCUCUCUUCCUCCGCCGUCUCCGCGGCCACGAUCUCCGCUGUUCGGAUCUCUGAAACUGCAAACUCCUCCGCCCCCUCAUCAUUAUUAAAAUACCAUCACAAGUGAUAAUAGAUAACUUUUUAUUUGCAUGUAAUCUGUUUAUAGAGUGAAUAAUUAACAACACUGAAUUAUGGUGUUAGAAACUAAACGACUUGUCGUUUUAUCGUUUAUACCAUCAUCAUUUGGUUUAGGUUCACGUUGAUGUAUUAACAUAAUUGAUUUUACUCUCA